AUGUCAAGCAUAACAGCUGUGAUCAGACACUUCGAUUUUUUAAACGACCAGAAUUGCUUUGUUAAUUACAAAAUAGACGCAGUUAUCUUCAAAGAUUAUUGUUCAUACGCUGAGUUGAUUGAAACUAUUGCGAUUCAGUUAGGAGUUGAUAUUAGCAGGAAAACGAUAUCAAUAAAAUAUGUUGUUGAAGGAGACAAUAUGCUAAUGGAAAUACAUAACUAUAUGGGAGUUAGGGUAUAUGUUGAGCUUAAGAGAGAAAACAAGGGAUUUGAAAUGUAUCCGAUGUGCGUUAGCAUAACUGAUAAUGAUCUUGAGAAUUUUGUAUCCGGUGAAUCUGCAGUUGGAGACGAUAUGUUUCAACUUGAAUUUAAUGAUUAUAUGCAUGCUAUGGGUGUAGUUGAUUCAAAUGAUUUGGAUGUGUCGGAUUGUGCUAAGGCUGUUGUUUUAUUUGAAAACAACGAUAACUUGAUAAUUUCGAACAAGGAACAGAAGGAAGUUUUUGUUGAUCAAAUUUACAACUAUAAGGAUACUUUGAAGAAUGUUAUGGUGAAUUAUGCAAUUCGCAAAAGAUUCAAUUUCAGGACAGAGAGGUCGAAUGUCAUAAGUUACACCCUAGUAUGUUGGUCAACUGAUUGUCAUUGGAAAUUCCGAGCUUCAAGUAUUGCGAACUCUGAAAUGUUCAGAGUGAGAUAUUUCCAUGACGAACAUACAUGUCCAUUGAAGGACAAGGUGUAUUCCCAAAGGCCAGCACCAAGUUGGUUGAUUGGGGGAUCAGUUGUUAAGCCAAAAAUAACAAAUCACAAGAGGAAAUAUACACCUGGUGAUAUAGUAGACGACGUAAAAAAUGAGUAUGGUGUUGAUGUUUCUUAUAUGACGGCCUGGAGGGCUAGAGAAAAGGCAAUGAUUGAAUUAAGGGGGGAACCAGCAGAAUCAUACAAGAAGUUACCGGGAUAUGUGUACAUAUUAGAUAAAACAUAUCCUGGAUCACAUGUGAGAAUGCACAAAUCACAACAAAAUGAGUUCUUGUAUUUGUUUGUAGCACUUAAAGCGUUCAUAAAAGGCUUCGAGUGUUGUAGGCCAAUAGUGUUCAAGCAAGCUUAUGGGAUUAGGGAUAACAUGUGUGUUGUAUCAGACAGACAUGAGAGCAUCAUUAAGGCAGUGUCUAGAGUAUAUCCAACUGUGCCACAUUUGUUUGAUAAGCUGAUGGAGAAGAUUGAGAAGGUUGAUUUUCAGGUAAAAGAGUACUUGGAAGAUUUUGGAAGGGAAAAGUGGGAUCGACUGUAUUCACCCUUUAACAGAGGAUGGACAACGACCUCAAAUAUAGCGGAAUGUAUUAAUGGAAAACUAGUAGCAGCAAGAGAGUUGCCUGUUUUCGAUUUUCUUGAAGAAGUGAGGAAGAUGUUUGGGAGAUGGAAUUGCACUAAUAGGAGAAAUGGUACAUACACAUUCACAACACUUGGAAAAGCAUUCCAACAAUUGUUAUCAAUAAACGAGUAUAAAUCUCUAAGUAUGACGGUUGAACCAUCAACUGAAUAUGUGUAUACCGUAAAUGAUGAGGCAAGGCGUUUCAUAAUUGAUCUUAAAAAGAAAACAUGCAGUUGUCGGAUGUUCCAAAUGGACGAGAUACCAUGUCCACAUGCAUGGGCUGUAUUGAAGAGUAAAAGUCUUAUGCCUGAUGAAUAUUGCUCAGACCUAUUCAAACCAAAGACAGUGAUUAAGACAUAUGAUGUGCCGGUGGAUCCUCUCCCUGACGAGAGUGAGUGGAAUAUUCCCACACACAUAUGCGGUGAAGUUGUUUUGCCACCAAGAUACAAGAGACCCCCGGGAAGACCAAAGAAGAAGCGAGAUAAAACAUUAAUGGAGACGAUGAUUGGUAAACAUAGGAAUGCUUGUAGUACUUGUGGACGUCUUGGUCACAAUAGGCGUUCUUGUUCUAAUGAGCCCCGUAAGAAGUAG